AUGGGGGAGCCUGGCGCGCGUAAGGUUUUCCUCUGUCGUUUGAACUCGGGGAGACCUAUUCUUCUCAGCGAUGACAAAUCAGCUCAUCGCGCCUUUGCAACCAAACUAGUCGAAGCCACUCAAUGCCGGGUCAUCGUCCCCAACUACCGCCUCACGCCCCAAGUGAUUACGCCAGAGACCAAAUUCGAGCACCCGGGCCACGCAGAAGACAUUCUGGCUUUCCUCACAUUUCUUCCAACCUGGGCCGAACUUGGCGGCGUAUCUGACAAAUCGGUCCAUCUUCUUGGCCACAGUGCAGGCGCCCACAUCCUCGCUUCGAUCCUCCUGGACUCGUCCGCGGUCACACCCAGUCUGAUGCCAUCACCGAUCGUGACUAAGAUGGUCCACGGCGUCAUACUUUCGGAGGGUAUAUACGACAUUGAGUUGCUGCUUGAGCGUUUCCCAAGCUAUCGCCAAUGGUUCAUUGCUGCUGCUUUCGGAGAACGUGAUUCCUAUGCCGAUGUCUCUGUCCUCAAAUACCCGUCGCGAAACCAACUCGAAGGCUUGCGAUGGCUGAUAGUGCAUUCAACAGGUGAUACCCUGGUGGAUAUACCCCAGAGUCAAAAUAUGGCCACCCACCUUACAACGCUCUAUGGGGACUCCAACGUUGAAGCUGUUUUCAAUGUCUUCAGCGUCGAACAUGACGAUGUGCUCCUCGAGCCAUCGUUCUCCAGCCUCGUUCGCAAAUUUCUGAACCAGUAG